GGGAGCGCAGGCAGAGGUGCGCUGAUGCGGAAGCGGUAGCAGAGGGGGUGGAGGUGAGCGCUGGCGGAGGGGAGUGGAAAGGAGCGCAGGUGCAGGGAAGCACUGGCGGAGGGGAGUGGAAAGGAGUGCAGGCGCAGGGGAGCGGUGGUGCAGGAGAGCGCUUGCGAAGGGGUGCGCUGGCGGAGGGGAGCGGAGGGGAGCGGAGGGGAGCACUGGUGCGAAGAGCGGUGGAGGAGGGGGUGGAGCGGCGGUGGAUCGGUGGAGAUGGAGUAGGUAGCGCUGGCGGAGGGGAGGAGGGGAGUGGAGGGGAGCGCUGGCGGAAGGGAGGACGGGAGUGGAGGGGAGCGCUGGCGAAGGGGAGCGGAGGGGAGCCCUGGCCGGGGAGUGCGCUGGUGGAGGAGAGAGAAGGGGAGCGCUGGCGGAGGGGAGCGGUGGAGGAGGACGGGAUGGAGCGGAGGGGCCGCGGAGGAGCGGAGGCUGGGGAGGGAGGGGCGGAGGAGGAGGAGGAGGGGGGUCUUGGGGGAGGGGGGAGAGGCGGAGGAGGAGAGCGGAGGGGCCACUGACCUGAAUCUCCCAUUUUUGUGCAUCGUUCAUGCGUCGACGGUCAAACAUUGCAUGCCAAUCACUGUGCCCACCACAUCUCACGGCCUACCCGUGUCACCGGCCAACCACUCACCACAUCCAACGGCCGACUGCAGUCUCUCUCUCUCUCUCUCUCUCUCUCUCUCUCUCUCUCUCUCUCUC